AUGGCAACGACGAUAUAUACAAGCCAGCCUGGCGCUCACUAUGGCUACCCUCAACCACCACCGUCCCCGCCGAUAGAUGAGGCAUCGAGGUGUUCCCUGCCGUCUAUCUCGAACUUGUUGGUCGUGGCAGACGCCGGUUCCCCAACUACGGAGCAGUCUCCUGCGUCGCAACAACAGCAGUCCCAAUCUACCAAGCCAGAGACAAGGCCCAACUCGUCGCACUAUGCGAGCAACGGCCCCUCGAGAGCGGCGAUGCCGCCGACACCGCCCAUGAGCACUGAUGCAUCUUUCGAAGGCCACGGGUCUCCGUCGACAAGAUCAGUCAGCCAAGUGUCAGUGGUGUCGGCUCCCAACUACUACUAUGAAGCCACGCCUCCCCUCGAGAGCGAAAUCCAGCGUCACCAGAUGCCCGCAGCUGCUAUCCCUCGGGUACCCAUCCAGGCUCCGGGAUACGCUCAGCAGGCCUUCGCAGCACCCCCGUACAUGAGCCAACCGGCUCUGUCCUCGUACUAUCCCUCAGCUGUCCACCCGCCGACACAACCCCAGAUCUCUGGCCUCUACUAUCAGAGACCUUUGCCUCAGGCAUUCCCUCCUAUGCAUGUGUCUGUUCCGUUGGCACCAGCAUCUGGCCCGAACCCGUGGCAACACCACCACUACAUCUCCCCUUCUUCGGCAGCUUCGUUCCCGCAGUCCCAGGAUCGCUACAUCUGCCAAACUUGCAACAAAGCCUUCUCCCGCCCCAGCUCGCUGCGGAUCCACAGCCACUCUCACACCGGAGAGAAGCCCUUCAAGUGCCCGCAUGCCGGCUGUGGGAAAGCUUUCAGCGUGAGGAGCAACAUGAAGAGACACGAGCGUGGCUGCCACAACUUCGAGUCUGGCGCAUCUACUCUGCGCUAA